CAUGCCGAGCGCUCACUCGGGACAGAAAGCGCGUGCAGGCGCUGCAUCUUUCACUCCGACCACCUGUUGACUAGAGAACUUCCCUGAAACACACACGACUAAAAUCGGAUCGGUUUCUUCCAAGGAGGUUGCACUGCAUUUAAGCAAAAUCUGCUCACUGAAAUCUAAGCAAAGUUUUUUUUUUUUACAAGUUUAUUCAACGAGGGAAUACGAACUUUUGCCAAGUUGUAUUGUAAGUGACUCCUCGAGGACAUGCGCGGCAGUAAGAGUUCACGCGCAGUGUGUUGUGGAGAUGUUCAGGCUCUGGAAAGCAAAGUGUCAUCCGUGCACGGUCGCCGAACCUGCAUGUUAUGUGAUUUGCGCGUGAGAUGGUCGGUUACGACCUCCCAGGUUGGGGAGAAAUAACUUAACAAAAAAAAAAAAAAAAAACCACAGAAAAAAUCACACACGAUACUCCACCAUGAAAGCAGUAAGCGUGGUUUUCGCUCUGGUCGCGUUGUGGAGGAUGAGCGUGGCGAGCAGGAGACACUGCCCCGACCUCACCGUGGAGAGCUGCGAGUGUGCAGCAGAGCGCUCCGGGGCGCUAAACCGGCGCAGCGCGCGCGUCACGGUGGCGUGUGAUGAUGCGGAUCUGACGGACACGCUCGAGCCCCGCGCGCUGCUCAGCACCACCACCUCACUGAUCCUCAGAAAUAACAAAAUCUCAACGGUGAAAAACGCCUCAUUCUUCGGCUUACGCUCUCUAGAGAGACUGGACUUGAGAAAUAAUUUGAUUAGUACAGUGGAGCCGGGAGCAUUUCGUGGACUGGUUAUGCUAAAGAGACUGGAUCUAUCCAACAACCGCAUUGGCUGCCUUUCCGCCGAGAUAUUUCUUGACCUUGGCAAUCUCUCGAAACUAAAUUUGUCUGGAAACAUCUUCUCCACGCUGCCUGAAGGGCUGUUCAUGCACUUGGCUUCCCUGAGAGUUCUGCACUUCGGUACAGAUUCCCUGUAUUGUGACUGCCAGUUGAAGUGGAUGCUGCUGUGGGCCAGAGCCAGAUUCGUACGAGUGGGAAAUGAGACAACAUGUGUGUAUCCUUCACACCUCCAUGGCUUCCCAGUUCAUGGCCUUCAAGAACACGAGCUUACCUGCGACUCUCUGGAGAUUCCUCUGCUUGAGCUGAUCCCAUCUCAAAGGCAGCUAGUGUUCCGGGGUGACCGACUCCCACUCCAAUGCACUGCUUCCUACCUGGACCCCUCCAUCACUCUAAGCUGGAGCCAUAACCGCUGGCCUAUACACACACAUGAAGAGAGAGGAGUGUAUGUAGAGGACAGUAUCAUCCAUGACUGCUGCCUCAUCACAAGUGAACUAAUCCUCUCCAACGUGGAUGCUGAUGUUUCCGGUAAUUGGCAGUGCCACGUGACCAGUUCCCGUGGCAACAGCUCCAUUGGCAUGGAGAUUGUGGUUUUGGAGACGUCUGCGCUCUACUGUUCUGCAGAGAGGGUGACCGGCAACAAAGGUGACUUCAGGUGGCCUAAGACCCAGGCUGGUUUAAUGGCAUUUCUUCCCUGUGCCACUGCCUCCUACAGCCCUCAAGAGAAGAGGGCAUGGCGUAGGUGUAAUAGGCAGGGCCGGUGGGCAGAGGACGACUAUAAUCAGUGCCCGUACUCCAGCAAGUUCACCCGCGUUCUGCAUGAACUUACACAGAUACCAGUAAACAUCUCCAACGCUCUGUUCCUGGCCCAGCAGCUCUCCUCCAUCACCAGCAAUGCAGAGAUGUUUGAGGACAUGAUGGACGUCAUCUUUGUUACACAUCUUGUAGAAAGAAUCACACGUCUUGUGGGUCGACUCAUAGAGCUAGGGGACUACGUGUCCAACAUUGCAAGCAACAUGAUGCAGGUAGAGGAGCAUAUCCUGUGGAUGGCUCAGAACGAAGCUCGAGCCUGCACACGCAUUGUACAGUGUGUUGAACGCAUUGCAGACCUCACCUUCAGCACACACACCCAGAACAUCUCAAAGGUCUCUCCUAACAUAGCUCUGGAGGCCUUUGUGCUCAGGCCUUCGAGUGUAAUGGGUUUGGUGUGCAUGGUGGUGGCUAAUCCAGGUCAGAAGACUGGCGCUGGGGUUUCUGGGAAUUCAAGAUCACCGCAGGAAACUCUCCUCAGUUUCCGAUGUCAUACAGCUAAUGUCACAGGAUCACCCAGUGGCCAGCUCAGACAGAGCGCACUGGCUGUCGCCUCCAUUCACUUACCGCUGGCCGCCUCAUCGCGCGCCUCCGCCUUGCGAUCUGUUCCUAACGCGACCUGCAGGCUGCAGCUGGCUGUGUUUCGCAAUGGAAAACUCUUUCCAUGCACGGGGAACUCGUCAAGCUUGGCAGACGACGGCAAGCGGAAGAGCGUGGCGACUCCGGUCACUUUCGUCAAAUUAGAUGGCUGCAAUCUCGGUAGCUCCAUUCAGCCCGUAGUUAUUACCCUGAGGCACUUGGCUCUAGGCGCAGAUCCCACCGCAGCCUACUGGGAUUUCGACCUGCUGGAUGGCCACGGAGGCUGGAGGGCGGAGGGCUGCCACAUAACGGGCUUGUCGGGCAACAGCACCACUAUACACUGCACACAGCAUAAAAACUUCGCUGUUCUCAUGGAUCUGAAGAAGGUGCUGUCGUUCCCUCCAUACCCGGGGGACUUCCUGCACCCGGUCGUGUAUGCCUGCACCGCUGUCAUGCUGCUCUGCCUUUUUGCUUCCAUCAUCACUUACAUAGUUCACCACAGUACAAUCCGGAUCAGCCGGAAAGGAUGGCACAUGCUCCUGAACUUCUGUUUCCACACAGCUCUGACGUUCGCUGUGUUUGCCGGAGGCAUCAACCGCAUCAAAUACCCAAUUUUCUGCCAAGCGGUUGGAAUAUUACUUCAUUACUCAUCCCUGUCCACUAUGCUAUGGCUGGGCUUCACAGCACGGAACAUCUACAAACAGGUGAUCAAGAAACCCCCCAAGCCUCAGGACGGAGACUUGCCUCCUCACCCACCCAGAUCGCCCAUGCUGAGGGAGAAAAAGACUGAGAGUGUGUUAUGUGUUCAUCGCCUUAGAAAAAACACAUGCAGAUUUAUGUUUUAUUUAAUCGGUGGAGGAAUUCCCUUCAUUAUCUGUGGCAUCACAGCUGCCAUCAACAUAGAAAAUUAUGGCAGCGGAGAGCAAACUCCAUACUGCUGGAUGGCAUGGGAACCUAGUCUUGGGGCUUUCUAUGGACCUGUGGCAUUCAUCGUCCUGAUGACUUGUGUUUACUUCCUGUGCACCUUCAUCCAGUUGCGUAAACACCCAGAAAGGAAAUAUGAGCUGAAGGUGCUGUCUGAGGAGCAGCAGAGACUUUCUGUUGCCGAUGUGCCCCACUGCCACCAUCAAGGUGAACCUGGCAUGCAAGGAGGUGAUGGGACGCGCUGCCAUGCUGGCUGCCCUGGCUUGUUUAACCCAUCUUUACUUGCAAAUGAGCACUCAUUCAAGGCCCAACUAAGGAGCGCUGCAUUCACACUGUUUUUGUUCUUAGCCACAUGGACCUUUGGGGCUUUGGCUGUGUCUCAGGCUCAUUUCCUGGACAUGAUAUUCAGCUGUCUGUAUGGAGCAUGCUCAGUCACCCUGGGCCUUUUUGUGCUGAUUCAUCACUGCGCUAAGCGUGACGAUGUCUGGCAUUGCUGGUGUGCCUGUUGUCCUGGUCACCAAGCUAAUACCUGUCAGGGGCAUGGACAUGCCCAUGGGCGCCCUAAGGUCAAUAUUAAUGGGGAUGUACACAGGCAUGGGCAUGGGCACGAUCACUGCCACUUGGACUCACCCUGCACAGGAAAAUCUGUCCUUAGCCACACACACUCACAUGGCCUUUGUAAGCUUAGUAACCUGCAGGCUCAGAACCACGUAACCUGCUUGACCCCUGUGAGUCCUGUGAGCCCUUGUUGCUCAGCUCUCCACACAGAGAAGUUGCUGGAAGAGCGGCCCAUUCACCUACACAGCUGCCUGAAACCAGGCAGGACUAAAGGAAGGCAGCGGGCAUCACCAGCUGGAGAGAGAGAGCUGGCUUUCCAUCUUCCAGCCAGUGCAGAUGCAGGCAGUGGACACAGCUCGCCCACAGACAGCCCGCAUAGUACUUGUCAACGCCAGGGUCACAUCUGCCAUCUGGCCCAAGAUGAGCACCGGGAGUGGCAUCAUGCAUGUUCUCACCAUGACACUCCACUGUGCCAUGGUGCAGUAGGCCAUCUGCCCCCAUGCUGUACUAAGGCAGAGAUCCUGCCCUCACCCCUGUGCCAUGCUGAAAGCAGGGAGCCAGGAACCCUCCUCUGCGGCUGUGGAAAGCUGGCUGAGGAUGAGCUUGCAGUGCCGUGUCACGGCCAUGUUGAGAUGCACCCUCGCAGACAGUCCUUCCCACAGUGUGUACCCAAUCAGAACGGGCUUCUUAAAGGAAGUGGACAUGAGUGCCAUCUGUACACAUCUGACAGCACAGGGAAUAUACGCACUGGACCCUGGAAGAAUGAAACUACCGUGUAGUUAAGGGCUCGAUGCGCAGUUAACCACCUACUCUAGGAUUUAAAAACGUACCAGACAUUCUAAAGAUUCUUAUCUGUUUUGAUUUUAAUAUUAAUACAAAUCCUUCCUUUCAGGUUUGUUUUCUUUUUUUGUUAAUUCUACAGAAAUGCCACUCCAGAAAAGCUACAUGGACCUGACUUUUCGGGAAAAGGGAAAUGUUGUUUGACACUGGCUGCCAGAUUGGGGUCAUGCUCUGUGUCCGGAUUUGACCUUUUACCACAAAGCUAAUUUGAUCACUACAGGAUAACAAACAUUAUCUGAGUGUGACUUCUUGUGCGAAUGGGUUUUGCGUAUGUGCGAGUGCACUUGAAUGUACUUUGUGUAUGUCCUUCUGCAAAUGCAAUCAAUUUAGUGUUUGGUGAAAAGAAUUAUUUCGUAAGAUACCGAAUUAUACUCUAAUGAGAUCUAAGUUAUUAAAUAAAAGUGUUAUUGACAGUGCUCAAACUGUGCAACACAAGUAAAGUGAAAAGCACUUUGAAUAAAUUCCAAGUGUCCAAAUACAUGAAUACAUCACCAGCAAUUUUAACUCAUCCGUGUUUUCAUGUCACUUUAACAAUCAUGCUUACUGUAAACUGUGAACAACAGCUAAUACUUAGUACAAUACACUACAGACUAAAAAACAGACCUAGUUCUGUCUGAGUUCUUUUUGCCCUAUUUAGUGUGCAAACUAAAAAAUGAGACUGUCUGUUUUUCUGCAGAUCUGUACUAGUUAUACAGUUACUGUGGUAAAUUUUCCGAUCAUCAAGAUGUGUGUAGAACAAUCCUAUCAUAUUACUCUCCGGUGCUAGAAGACCAACUAACACAAUUACAUAUCAAAGGUCCAUUAGUCAGUAGGAGUACCCAAACUAACCACUGCUGAGGAAUAAAACAUGAAAGAAUUUACUUAUUAAGACUCACCAUCCACUUUAUUAGGAACAUCUAUAUACUGGAACAUUUAUGCUGGUAUCCAAUCAAUGUGGCAGCACAGCGAUAGUUCUAAUCAUGGAGAUUCAGGAGCCACUAAAGUAAAGAUUAGAAUGUCUUCUCAGUGACUUUGACUGUAGAUUGUUUGCUGGUGCCAGACAGACUCGUUUUAAUAUUUCUGAAACUUUCCUGGGCUUUUUAUUUAGCAGUCUA